UGCGCACUAACAGAAAACGCAGCACGAUACCCGCAAAACCAGAGCCGCGGGAAGAGUGAGAGAGAGAGGGAGGGAGGCCGACAAAGAAAACAGAGCAAAGCGAGGGAGCCAUGGAAAAUGGCGAUCGACGAUGACGACGACGGAAGACGGCGAAUAAGAAGGAUUCGGGGAAUUCAUCACCUUCGGGCAUCCUCCUCCGUCGCCGAAUUCGGCAACCGUCAUCUCCGAAUUCCUCGCCACGGCCGCCAUGACUUCCAAUUUGGAUGACGAUGACUGGGGUGAUUUCAUCAAUUCCUCCGGCGGCGGCGUAUUAUCACACGCAGCGACCCUUCCUCAGGCUCUGAACCCUUCGGACCUGUUCGUAAUCUUUAACGACGGCAAGCGCGACGAGGAUACCGCGUCUCUACGGACGGAGGAUCAGCCUGGAUCAGCUCAUGGUCGGACGAAGUCUUUGGGAGCUUUGCCUCUUUCUCUGUUUGGAGAAAUGGAGGAAGACGAAGGAGGAGCAGGAGCAGGAGAACAGAAGGGGGAAUCGGUUGCCGGUUUUCCCUCUUGUGAGAAUGCGGCAUCCGUGAAGAAGAAGAAGACGGGUAAUCUAGAUGUUAACGAUUUUAUUGCUAAUUUAUACAAGCCGAACGGGAUCGGGACAGGCUCUGUCACGGCAAGUAUUGAAAAUGGAGUCGGAGCGAAUCCGAGUUGGAGUUGGGGGAAUGCAUCUGUAAUGGGAAAUGGGAAAAGUGAGCUGAAAUCGGAUUCGAAGCUAGUGAGCACGGACUCGGAUCCGUUGAACUUGAAUUCAAAUGGGUGGAAAUUGAACGGCAAUUUGUCUGGUUCGGUUGUGCAAGGGUCGAAUUUGGGCUCAGAUGCGAUGAGCAAUGGUUCAAAUGCGGCGAAUGGUAAUGGAGGGUUUGAUGAAGAAGGAGAUGAUGAUGGUUGGGAAUUUAAGGCCGCUGAAUCCAAAGUGGAAAAUAAUUUUAAGCCAGAGCAGAUGAAGAAUCAGAAUGGGCUGAAUUUUCAUCCCAGUGAGCUGAACUCUAGUUUGAAUGGGGCGAAUUUGGACUUUUCUGGAUGGAAUACGAGUGCGAAUAGAGUUGAUCAGAGUGACAAUUGGUUGAAUAAUGGCCAAGUUAGUGAAAUGAAAGAGCUUUCUAGCAAUGAUGCUUGGGGCAUUGUUGUUGCAGGUGUCCCAACAGAGAAAAUCAAGCAUCCAGAUUCUAAUGGCUUUAAUUCAAGCUUAGGUGGAGUGAACGCAGAUGUGAUACGUGUGAAUCCUGGAUUAUUGCCUGAGAAUGAUGGAUUUGCUGAUUCGGAUGGUUGGGCCUUCAUGAAAGCAGAAUCAGACUUGCAAGGUACCGCGGGGAAAAUGGAAAAUGGCCCAAAAUUGCAAUCUACUGUAUUUGAUUCAAGUCUGAAUAUUUCCAAAUUGGAUGGUGGUGGUGGUGUAAGUCCAAAUCUGUUUGCUACUGAUUGGGAUGCAAAAGAAGAGAUUUCAGAUACAAAACGGUUGAACCCAACUAUAAUUACUGAAACCGAGGAUGAGGGUGAGGAUGACUGGGAAUUCAAGGUUGCAGAAUCAGAAUCAACGCCCAUUGAUUUGAGUAGUAAGGCUAUUGAAAUAAGGGGUAGCGACAAUAACGGAGCCUUGCCUCUGUCACUUUUUGGUGAUGAAGAAACAGAGCCCAAUGAUCCCGUUUUUUAUGAAGUCACUUCGGUUCAGAUUUCUGCUCCAGAAACAAGAGAAGACAAUAGGGGUCUUAGUUCCAGUCUCUCUAUUAAUGAUCUGGUAUCAAGUUUGUACAAUGAAGUUGAGCAAACGGCUACUGCCAGUCACUUACAGAAUCAGGAUGAAAAUGGAUGGUGCCCCACAGAAAUUGCAUUUGCUUCCAAUUCAUCAAAUGAUGCUGCAAUUCUGGACGACGAUUAUUCCUGGGAGUUCAAAGAUGCCUCUGCAGUACCCAUUGACGAGGAGCAACAAUCUUUCCCCAAAGAUUCUACAAUUGAGGCCAGUAACAUAGAGCAUUCUGAUUGGAUAGACUUAUUUACCAAACUGAUGGAAGAAUUAUGUCUUGUUGCAUUCAAACAUGUUGAAAAUAUGAAGCAAGCUCGUACUGCUGCAGCUCUUGCUGGUGAGGAUGCUGAUGUAAGCCACCUGGAUAAGGAAAUACAGGAUAUGCAUAAUGGACUGCGUGAAUGCAGCACUAUUGCUGAAGUUCAUUCAGGAGAUCAGUUGCCAUGUGAAAUUCGAACAAGUGAAUUGUUUGAAAUGUUGCAGCAACCAAAGUUUCAAGUCAUUGAGUCAGAAUAUCAGUUAUCAGGAAAAGUGUCGCAGGUUCAUAACGACUCAAAAUCUACACUCCUACUUCUCAAGAAGGUGGUUUCAUUGUUAAAGAUUUUGACGUUAGUAUCCAGGCAGGAACAAACGAGCUACAUUUGCACAUGGUCUAAGAUGCUCUAUCAAUGUGCUGAAGAGCUGAAACACGGUUCAAUGAUUUGGAGCCACUUGCUGCAAGAAAACAUUCAAGAUCAAGUUCUCACAAGCUUUGAAGGAAAAAGAUAUUUCCUUGCUCUUGGGGAAAUUUAUAGAGUUUCUGAAAUUCUUCGAUGCGCUGCCAGGCUUUAUAAGCCAUGGAUAUUGCUGGAACAGACCGACUCCGUAUCCUUCAACACCAUGAUGAGCGAGUGUUCUGCUCUAUGGUCAAGCUCGGGACUGGAAGAAGCUCUCUUAAGCAUUUCUGAUGGUUCUGUCAAGGCAUUACUGGAAUCCAUUCAGCAUCUUCGUAAUCUCGAGGAUGAUGCACUUUACGAGAUUGUUUUCUCCAGACAAGGCUACACCUGUCAACUCUCAGGUCUUAAUCCAGCAGUAGUACCGGGGAUGGAAACCGUUGUCUGGAAUGGGAGCCAUUACUUGGUCAAGCUUGCAAACCUAUGGGCUAAUUUGAUUAGUUGCAAUGCGCCAAAUCUUCCUCGCUUGCACGUUGGAUGAUGAUGAAAGAUGCAGCGGUUCAGCUGAGCACUCAUGGAGAUCAUUGUUCUACUGUCUCUUUAGCAGAGACCAACUACUGAAAGAAGUCAUAUAUGUAUGCAGCACCGUGGGUGAGGGGCUCGAGCCAAAGUUGCGCCCCUGCCAGCUGCCACAAUGAUGGUUUGUCAGGGUAGUGAAAGAAUUGACACGGUAUUCUCAAUCCAAACUGGCCUGUGUGGCUUAUCGCCAUAUGGAUCCUGGUUUGACAAAAGACAGGCAAGAUAUCUCUCAAGCCUCCCAUUCAUUAUUCUUCUCCCCUUUGAAGUGUUGUCCAUUUUUUGGCAUAGAGAGCAAGCUGUAACAUAGAAGCUUUUGGGGUUCAUAGCCCCUAAUUUGCAUAUACAGUUUAUACACUAGACGUUUGGGGGUGGGUGGAUUGCCCUUGGAAUUUAAGGGGGUGUUCCUUUUCCUAUUUCCAUGUUGUAUUUUAACAAAUGGCCUGUAAUCUUUGGAAUAAAAAUAUAUAUCGUUGCUGCUGGAAUGAAGGGCCAGUUACAAAUUUGAAUCCUCCCGACUAUUCUCUCUGC